AUGCUGCCCGCGGCGGCCACCAGGGUGUCCCUCCUGGAGCUGGCCGACGUCGCCAUCGGCACCCCGGAGGUGGGCACCGUCAACUUCACGGCCCUGCACACGCUCCUCGUGGCCAUGCUCAAGAGCCUCAACCUGACGGGCACCCUGAUCGACUUCCAGUCGGCCGCGUCCCCCGAGCAGAGCCGCGUCGCGCUGACCCCGCGCGCCUCGCUCAGCGCCCUGCAGGGGGCGCCGCCCAAGGAGAAGCGGCGCAGCAGCGGGGCUAGGCUGGAGGUCCAGGUGAAAGACCUGGAGAGCCAGGUGCAGGACCUGGGCCAGCAGUUGAAGACCAUGGAGAGUCAGGUGCAGGGCAUCGUGACCCACCUCACCGCCACGGAGGGCACGAUGCGCCGGGACACGCAGGAGUGGCUGGACGACAAAGAGGCGGCCAGGCUGCAGCCCUGGGUGGCGGGAAGGGCCACGGCGAGACACGUCAAGGAGGACGCCGAGGGCACGGAUCAGCACCCGGGCGGCAAGAGAGACUCCAGGAGCCUGAGAGACAUGUACAGAAAGGCGGCGGAAGCGCAGCGGAAGGCGCAGGAAGAGCAGCCAAGGGCGCGGGAGGUCCAGCCAAUGGGGCAGGAGGCCCAGCCAAGGGCGCAGGAGGCCCAGCCAAGGGCGCAGGAGGUCCAGUCAAGGGCACAGCAGGCCCAGCCAAGGGCGCAGCAGGCCCAGCCAAGGGCGCAGCAGGCCCAGCCAGGGGCACAAGAGGCCCAGCCAGGGGCGCAGGAGGCCCAGCCAGGGGCGCAGGAGGCCCAGCCAGGGGCGCAGGAGGCCCAGCCAACGGAGCAGGAGGUCCAGCCAUGGGCACAGGAAGCCCAGCAAAAGGGGCAGGUGCUCCCUGAGCUGACCCCGCAGAAAAUCGUGCAGCGGGUGGAAGAACUAGAGCAAGCCUUCAAAGAGCAGGAGGCUUUUCUGGAAGUCAUGAAGCAGAGGCUGCACAUGAAGCCCCAUGUAGAAGAGGCCACCAUGGUCACCUGGGAGGAGCUGGAGCACGCCAUCACGGACGGCUGGAGGGCCUCACAGGGCUCAGAGUCAACAAUGGGCCUCCCUAAACGCAAAAGGCCAUCUUCCAUACCGAAUGGGAGAGACGUGCCAGGUGCCCCCUCCUCCAAGCAUCCAAGUACUGACCGCAGUGCAUAUUCUGCCCACGAAUCAGGCUCCGAGCAGACCACAUCCGACACGGGAGGCCCAAGAUUCUCCAUGGAAAGGGCCCUUGGCCAGGCACAGAGCAGAGGUGCCUCAGCUGCAGGGCUUCCUGCCAGAGAGCAGCACCCAGCUGGCCUGGCGAAGCUCCCCCCUCACCCUCCUUCCCACUCCAGAGUCGAUUCAGAACGCCGCAGGUCGAGGGAGCCCUAUGGCUUAGCACCUCUGAGACAAGAUGCACGAGAGGCGCAGCCUGGCCCGAUCCAGCAGGACUUCCCCUCGGCCGGGGAGCAGCAGCCGUACGCGUACCCAGAUCAUCAAGUGGGGGUGCGCUUUAGCCAGAGUGACAUUUAUCAGAGUCCAUAUCAGUACGGAUUAGGACUGCCUGGCAUGGAUCAGGGUGCACUGCCGCACCCUAUCUCUUCUCCGCAGGGCGUAGUGCCCCACACUGUGAGUCAGCUUGGCAUGUCGAUGCCAGGGAUGGAGCAGGACUUGGGCCAGCCUGACAUGACCCAGUAUGGUAUGGGGCUACCUUUUGUGCCUGGCAGAGAUGAGCAAGUGUUUGCACUGGCCCCUAUAGAUCAGCGUGAUCUGGGUCCACUUAGUCCAUAUCAGCCUGGUCUGAUGCCUCCUGGUACAGACCAGCAUGGCAGGGAAGAGCUGGACAGGGCCCAGAGUGGUAUAAGACCACCUGGCAUGGAUCAGCGUGGGUUGGUGCCCAUUGGCAUAGACCAGCAUGGAUUUGUGACGUACGCUGCGGAGCAGCAAGGAUUGGCUUCUCCUCUUCUAGACCAGUAUGAUUUGGCAUCUUCCGGUGUGAUGCAAGCUGCUGCAGGCCAGCAAGGUUUAGAACAGCCCGGCUUGGGGAUACCUGGCCUCAUCCAACCUGUCUUAGAGCCGCAUGGUGCGAUCCAGGCUAGGGCUGGUCAGCCUGCUGUGGUUCAAGCUGGUGGAAGCCAGAGUGCUUUGAUGCAACCUGGUGCAUACCUAUCUAGCCUGGCACAACCUGAGGCAGGUCAGCCUGGUGUAGAUCAGCCUGGUUUGGCUGGUGUGAGUCAGUUUGGUGUGGGUCAGCCUGGCAUGGUCCACCCUGGCAUGGGUCAGCCUGGAGUGGUCCAGCCUGGUGUGGGUCAUCCUGGCAUGGAUCAACCCAGUGUGGGUCAGCUGGGUGUGUUCCCUCCUGGAAUGUUCCAGCCUGGUAUGGGUCAGCCCAGCAUAGUCCAGCCCAGUAGCAUGGUCCAGCCUGGCAUGGAUCAUCCUGGCAUGAUUCAGCCUGGCAUAGUUCAGCUUAGCAUGGGUCAGCCUGGCAUGGUCCAGCCCGGUAUGGGUCAACCUGGUGUGGGUCAUCCUGGCAUGGUCCCAUUUGGUGUGGGUCAGCCUGGCAUGGUCGAGCCUGGCAUGAUCAAGCCUGGUAUGGGUCAGCCUGGCAUGGUCCCAUUUGGCAUGGGUCAGCCUGGCAUGGUCCAGUUUGAUGUGGGUCAAUCUGGUGUGGUCCAGCCUGGAGCAGGUCAGCUUGGCGUGGAUCAACCUGGCGUGGGUCAGCCUAGCAUGGGUCAGCCUGGUGUGGGUCAGCCAGGCAUAGGUCAGCUUGGUGUGGGUCAGCCUGACAUGGGUCAACCUGGUGUGGUCCAACCUGGUGUAGGUCAGCCUGGCAUGGUCCAGCCUGGAGUGGAUCAGCCCGGCAUGGAUCAACCUGGCAUGGUCCAGCCUGGUAUGGGUCAGCCCAGUGUGGCCCAGCCUGGCAUGGUCCAGCCUGGCAUUGGUCAACCUGGCAUGGUCCAGCCUGGAGUGGGUCAACCGGGCAUGGCCCAGCCUGGCAUGGUCCAGCCCGGUAUGGGUCAACCUGGCAUGGUCCAGCCCGGUAUGGGUCAACCUGGCAUGGCCCAGCCUAGAGUGGGUCAACCUGGUGUGGCCCAGCCUGGCAUGGUCCAGCCUGGCAUUGGUCAACCUGGCAUGGUCCAGCCUGGAGUGGGUCAACCGGGCAUGGCCCAGCCUGGCAUGGUCCAGCCUGGCAUAGGUCAACCUGGCAUGGUCCAGCCCGGUAUGGGUCAACCUGGCAUGGCCCAGCCUAGAGUGGGUCAACCUGGUGUGGCCCAGCCUGGCAUGGUCCAGCCUGGCAUUGGUCAACCUGGCAUGGUCCAGCCUGGAGUGGGUCAACCGGGCAUGGCCCAGCCUGGCAUAGGUCAACCUGGCAUGGUCCAGCCCGGCAUGGGUCAACCUGGCAUGGCCCAGCCUGGAAUGGGUCAACCUGGUGUGGCCCAGCCUGGAAUGGGUCAACCUGGCAUUGGUCAACCUGGCAUGGUCCAGCCUGGCAUAGGUCAGCCUGGCAUGGUCCAGCCUAGAGUGGGUCAACCUGGUAUGGACCAGCCUGGCAUGGUCCAGCCUGGCAUAGAUCAACUUGGCAUGGUCCAGCCUGGAGUGGGUCAACCUGGUAUGGCCCAACCUGGCAUGGUCCAACCUGGCAUUGGUCAAUCUGGCAUGGUCCAGCCUGGUGUGGGUCAACCUGGCAUGGACCAGCCUGCCGUGGGUCAACCUGGUAUGGUCCAGCCUGGAGUGGGUCAACCUGGCAUGGAUCAACCUGGUGUAGCCCAGCCUGGUGUGGCCCAACCUGGCAUGGUCCAGCCUGGAGUGGGUCAACCUGUCAUGGAUCAAUCUGGCAUCGCCCAGCCUGGCGUGGUCCAGCCUGGAGUGGGUCAGCCUGGCAUGGGUCAGUUUGGUGUGGGUCACCCUAGCAUGGGUCAACCUGGUGUGGUCCAGCAUGGAGUGGGUCAGCCUAGUGUGGGUCAGCCUGGUGUGGGUCAGCCUAGUGUGGGUCAACCUGCCAUUGUCCAGCCUGGUAUAGGUCAGCUUGCCUUGACUAGAGCACAUCAACAUGGUUUGAUGCAACCUGGUACUUACCAGCCUGGUUUGGCACAACCUUAUACAGGUCAGCCUGGUUUGGUGCGCCCUAGAAUGCAUCGCCCUCUUAUGGCCCAACCUGGAAUGGGUCAGCAAGGUUUGAUGCAACCUGAUGCAGGUCAGCAAGGUCUGGUCCCACCUGGGAUGUAUAUGCAAGGUAUGGUGCAACCUCAUGCAGGCUAUCCUGAUUUGGUGCACCCUGAAAUGUAUCAGCAUGGUUUGGUCCAACCUGGAAUGUAUCAGGUUGGAUUUGGUUUGGUGCAACCUGGCACAGACCAGCUUGGUUCUGUGCAACCUGGCACGGGUCAGCCUGGUUCAGUGCAACCUGGCACAGAUGAGGGUGGUUCUGUGCAAUCUGGCACAGGUCAGCCUGGUUCGGUGCAAUCUGAUGCAGAUGAGGAUGGUUCGGUGCAACCUGACACAGGUCAGCCUGGUUCGGUGCAACCUGGCACAGAUGAGGUUGGUUCUGUGCAACCUGGCACAGGUCAGCCUGGUUUGGUGCAACCUGGCACAGAUGAGGGUGGUUCUGUGCAACCUGGCACAGGUCAGCCUGGUUUGGUGCAACCUGGCACAGAUGAGGGUGGUUUGGUGCAACCUGGUGCAGGUCAGCCUGGUUCGGUGCAACCUGGAGUGGGACAGCGUGGUUUGUUACUGCCUGCUGCAGAGUCACAUGACUUCCUUCAACCUGGCAUGGUCAGACCUGGGGCACACCCACCCGGUCUGGUCCAGCCUGGUGCCUAUCCGCGUGGCUUUGUCCAGCCUGGUGCCUAUCCGCGUGGCUUUGUCCAGCCUGGUGCCUAUCCUCGUGGCUUUGUCCAGCCUGGUGCCUAUCCGCGUGGCUUUGUCCAGCCUGGUGCCUAUCCUCGUGGCUUUGUCCAGCCUGGUGCCUAUCCUCGUGGUUUUGUCCAGCCUAGUGUCCAUCCUCGUGGCUUUGUCCAGCCUAGUGUCCAUCCUCGUGGCUUUGUCCAGCCUGGUGCCUAUCCUCGUGGCUUGGGCCGUCCUCGUGCUUACCCACAUGGGUUUGUGCAGCCUGGUGCCGAUCAGCGUGGCUUGUUGCAACCUGAAGAGUAUCAGCGGGACUUCAUACCACCGGGCACAGAGCCUCGUGGCUCUCCAGAAUUCCGCCCAGAUGCUCAAAGUUUUACGUCCCCGCACCAGUAUCAGCAUGGCGUGGAACCUCCUGGCAGAGAUCAGUAUAGUCAGGCAUCACCUGUCCCAGCCAGCCAAGGUCUGGCACCACCAGAUGUAUACCAGAAGGGCGUGGUGCAUCCUGGCACAGCCCAGCCACCAUUAAGCACGCAUGUGGGAUCUGCGCUCCCAGGUCGACAGCCUUUGGUAUCACCUGGUCCAGAUCGGCCUGACCAGAUGACCCCAGGUGUAGACGAGCGUAGCCAUGGAUACACCUUUCCAGAUUCCCUGCGUUCACGGGGAGUAGAUGCGUACGCCCACCUGGGUUUGGAUCCAAACCAGUUUAAAGUUUCCACGGAGACGGAGAUGGCUCCAGACCAAGUCCACCAAGUCUCAUGGGAAGAGAGUGGCAUUCAGGGAGAAAGACGCGAUUCGCUUGAGAGAUUGAGCCCACACUUCCCCUUUGCCGUGGAAACGUUCCGUCUGCUGGGAGAGCUCGUCAGCCUGUACACGGAGCUGAAGGAAAGCCUGAAGGAUGUGGACGAGGCGCAAGCCGGCCUCACGGACUUGGAGAAGAUACAGCUCCUCCUGGGAGCGAUGGUCAAGAAGACGAUGCCGCCCGACCUGCAGGAGCAGCUGAAGACCUUGAAGAACUUGACCAAAGACUUUCGGCAGGAAAAAGCCAAACUGGAGAAGAUUGAAAAGAUCCUGGACAGCGGAGAGCUGGAGAAAGGAAAGGAGCUGAAGCCUGGCCAGCUGAGCUUGCAGCUGGGGGUCCUCAGACUCACCGUGUCCGACAUCGAGAAGGAGCUGGCGGAGCUGAGGGAGAGUCAAGAGCGCGGCAAGGCCACCAUGGAGAAUUCUGUCUCUGAAGCCUCACUUUACCUGCAGAGCCAGUUGGACAAGCUCAGGGCGAUCAUCGAGAACAUGCUGGCCUCCUCCUCCACGCUGCUGUCCAUGAGCAUGGUUCCGCAAAAGACCUUGAUCACCCAAGCUCCGGGCGAGCUCACCCCGGAGGCUACCUGCCCGGCCUGCAGCCUGGACCUGGGCCACCAGGUCAGCACGCUGGUGCAGCGCUACGAGCAGCUGCAGGACAUGGUCAACAACCUGGCGGCCUCCCGGCCCUCCAAGAAAGCCAAGCUGCAGAGCCAGGAUGAAGAGCUGCUGGGCCACGUCCAGAGCGCCAUCCUGCAGGUGCAGGGCGACUGUGAGAAGCUCAACAUCACCACCAGCAGCCUCAUCGAGGACCACCGCCAGAAGCAGAAGGACAUCGACGUGCUGUACCAGGGCAUCGAGAAACUGGAGCGGGAAAAGGCCAACAGGGAGCACCUGGAGAUGGAGAUCGACGUGAAAGCCGACAAGAGUGCCCUGGCGGCCAAGGUGAGCCGUGUCCAGUUUGAUGCCACCACGGAGCAGCUGAACCACAUGAUGCAGGAGCUGGUGGCCAAGAUGAGCGGGCAGGAGCAGGACUGGCAGAAGAUGGUGGACAAACUCCUGCUAGAAAUGGACAGCAAGCUGGACCGCCUGGAGCUGGACCCGGUGAAGCAGCUCCUGGAGGACCGCUGGAAGUCGCUGCGGCAGCAGCUCAAGGAGCGCUCCCCACUCUACCAGGCGGACGAGGCCGCCGCCAUGCGCAGGCAGCUGCUGGUCCACUUCCACUGCCUCUCCUGUGACCGGCCCCUGGAGACACCCGUGACCGGACAAAUCAUCCCUGUGACUCCCGUGGGCCCGGGCCUGCCUGGCCACCGCUCCACCCGCCCCUACACCGUCUUUGAACUGGAGCAGAUCCGGCAGCAGAGCCGCAACCUGAAGCUGGGCAGCUCCUUCCCGCGGGGCGACCUGGGGCAGAUGGAGCGGAGCGUGGGGCGGCUGCGCACCAUGCACUCCAAGAUGCUGAUGGACAUCGAGAAGGUGCAGGUCCACUUUGGGGGCUCGGUCAAGGCCAACAGCCAGAUGAUCCGUGAGCUGCUGCAGGCCCAGUGCCCCAGCGCCCCCUGCUACAAACGGGUGCCAGACAUGUCCGAUUACACCUACUCCACGGUGCCCCGGCGCUGCGGGGGCAGCCACACCCUCACCUAUCCCUAUCGCCGCAACCGCCUGCAGCACCUGCCCCAGGGCCUGUACCCCACCGAGGAGAUCCAGAUUGCCAUGAAGCACGACGAGGUGGACAUCUUGGGCCUGGAUGGACACAUCUACAAGGGACGGAUGGCUACGAGGCUGCCAGGCGUCCUGAGCAAGGACAGGAUGACGAAGAAGGCCAAGCCGUCCCGGCUGCACCCGCAGCGCCAGCAGUCCCUCCGAGAGCACAGCCAGCUGCCCUUGCGGCCCCAGAGUGCGCAGAUGCUGCCUGGAGACAACUCAGCUCCCCCGAGUCAGCGGAAAGACAGGCCGCUGUCCUCCGAGGGCCGCCUCUCCCAGCCGAACACCGCCCGCCAGUCCAGCCCCAGCGAGGCGGGGAGCCUGCCCGAGGGGCUGCAUGUGGACGUGCCUCCUGGGGAGGGGCUCGAGGAGCCCACCCGGGGCCCGCGGUCCGGGCCGCUGACGGAGCAGAGCUAUAAAUAAAC